GGUGGACUCUCAGUACCGCCAUACCCGCCAAAGCACGAGCACCGUGACAGCCCGCACACACGGCUCGCAAACGCGCAUUUUUCGAACUCGCACCCCCGUCACUGGAUCGGUAGCCGUCUUCCUUCUUUCUUGGUCUCAUCUUGUUUCGUUCGUUCAACCCUCGACGGUGUUCCCAGUGGAUGACACGCGGGGACUAUCGAGUGAGGAUCGCCGGUCGCUAUCAUCUGCGCGGGUUUCGUUUUUCUAGUGUGCAGUUCGCCGUGGAAAACAGUGAUAGUGAGCCACACUGUUCGGUGGUGUCUGUCAUGGUGUGACGCGAGCCGACGUAACCCCCCUCCCCCCCAGCCAGUCAGCCGAUUGUGAUCGUGAUCCGGAAGUGGAUGACAUUGUGGGAACGUCAGUGGACGGUUCCGCGGAAUUCCGUUGGUUCUGACUGUUGACAACCCUUGACGGUGGACCCUUUCUGUGGUUCGAUCGUGCAUCGAGAUCGGAUGAUCGCGCGGACUAGAGUCGGACGUUCCUAAACUUCGGUAUUUGCGUAUUCGGAGCGGUUAGCAGACUGUAGUCGCUGCUCGGACGGUUCUCGGAGCUGCGGCAGUUGGAGCGAGCCUCGAGAUCAAGUGCCUUAUUAUCCCAGAGAAGAGAAAGCGGCGGAAGAGCUACACAGAAUCGCGUCAGAAUUGGUUCUCAGCGAGGCGCCGACCAGCCAGCCGACGGGAGCAGGAGUCCCAUUAGAACCAACCCCGGCGUCGGUAAAGAUGUUGACUUGAGAGGGCUGCAGCGCUCGCGGACACCGUCAGCUUUCCGCUGCAACUUCAGGCGAUCGACGAACGUCGCUAUCGGAGGAAGAGACGGAUACUCGUCGAAUCGAGACGAGUUGGUCUCUUCAGGGGCGGACUAUGCUAUCGUGGAUCAAAAGUCGUUCGCAUCGUCGGGCACGGGGUGUCGGACAGCAGAAUCUUCCCUGAUCCUAGAGGAAAAGGCAGCCGGCCCACUGGCGCAGUACUGGGCUCUAGCUAAUCGCGACAAAAUGCCGGAAAAAGAGGUGGCUUAUCAUCAGGAAACGUUCUCCCUGCUGCCACCACCGCCACCCCCUCAUCAUCCACACUCGGCGUUCCACGCGGCCUUUCAUCCGCACCCGCAUCCGCCGCCGCCGCCGCCGUUCCACCCUCACCAUGGACCUCCACCACCGCCACAUCCGGCGGCUGCAGCCGCGGCAGCAUGGGAGCAUCACGCAGCCGCUGCGGCUGCGGCCGCCGCCGCAGCUUUCCACGCGCCACCGCCUCAUCCAUUGUCAGGCAGCACAACGGCGAUCGGCAGUGCAGCCACCGGUGGCGGUGGCGGCGGUGGUGGCGGUGGCAGUGGCGGCGGCAGUGGAGGUGGCGGGGCUGCUGGAAACGGAACUUCCGGUGGCGAUUUCCUCCGCAGAAGUCACCCCCUCUCGGAGCAUACGGCCCUGCAUCCCGCCUAUCGGCUCAACUACAUGGACCACCUUUACCACCAGCUCCAGGCCUCCACGCACAGUCCCAACGCCUCGUUACACGGACUGGGUGGUUUGGGGCCCGAGUACCUCCUACACGCUGCUGGACCUGCGAGUACGCUUGCAUCUACGGAAUUCCCUUUCUCAAUUGACGUGUCAGCGUCAUCGAGGCUAGGAAGUCCGCGUGCCUCGACGAUCCGAGCGAGCCGGAAACGGGCGCUAAGUAGUUCUCCGUAUUCCGACCGCUUCGACAUCGACAGCAUGAUCAGAUUCAGCCCGAACAGCCUGGCCUCAAUCGUGAAUGGAUCCCGGAGCAGCAGCGCGAGUGGCAGCUACGGUCAUCUUUCUGCCGCAAUGAGUCCAACGCUAGGUAUGCACCCGGGAAUGGCGCCGCAUUUACAGCAACUCCAGGCUCAUCUCCUCAGGAGUGCUGCUGCUGCGGCGCUGCUACCCCAUGCUCAUCCCUUACAACCACCAGCUCCUCCUCCACCACCUCCUCACCCGCACCCACAUGCCCACGGUCUGUCACCCCAUUCGCAACUGUACCCCGGUGUACCACCGCAUUCCACUGCUUCUGCAACUUUGGGACCACAUGGAGGCCUACCACCAAAAUCUGAGAGCGCAGAAUCAUGCAGGAAAGCUUCAGAAUCAUCGACCAGGUCGGUCACAGCAGAGGCCGACACGUCCUCGAGGAGAGCCUCUGCCAAGGUGAAGAGAGAACCAGCGACCACGACCACGAAUUCAACGACCACCACCGCUCCACCGACUCAUCCGCAGGGACUUAGUCCCAGCGAGGAUCUUCGGGACGAACCCGGUGAUUUCAUCGAGACUAAUUGUCAUUGGCGGGACUGCGGCCUCGAAUUUCCAACUCAGGACGAUCUAGUGAAACACAUCAAUAACGAUCACAUCCAUGCGAAUAAAAAGAGCUUCGUUUGCGGCUGGGAAGAGUGCUCGAGGGAAGAAAAGCCUUUCAAAGCUCAAUAUAUGUUGGUAGUGCACAUGAGAAGACACACUGGUGAAAAGCCUCACAAGUGCACCUUUGAGGGCUGUUUUAAAGCCUACUCGCGACUAGAGAACUUGAAAACGCACUUAAGGUCUCAUACUGGAGAAAAGCCUUACACCUGCGAGUACCCCGGAUGCAGUAAGGCGUUCAGCAACGCCAGCGACCGUGCCAAGCAUCAGAAUAGGACUCAUUCCAACGAGAAACCUUAUGUCUGCAAAGCACCGGGCUGCACGAAAAGGUACACCGAUCCAUCGUCCUUAAGGAAACACGUGAAAACGGUGCACGGUGCAGAAUUCUACGCCAACAAGAAGCACAAAGGCGGCGGCGGAGACGGCGGUGGAAGCGACGAAGCUGGUGCUGGUGGAAACAGUCCCAGCAGAAGCGAGGACCUUCAUCCGAAGACGCCAAGUUUGUCGAGCCCCAGCGUGAAAUCCGAGAGCGAAGCUAACAGUCCACCCAGCAUGAUGCAACAACAGGGUAGCCCGUUGAUGGGUGGCUGCAACGAUGAGGUUGCAGGAGCCAGUGCAUUGACGGGCGAGGGUGUCGCACUCGCUGAGGAACCUUGGAACGAAGAACCCGAUGAUCUAGACAUUGCUGAUUUGCCGGUUGCCCUCCGUGCUAUGGUUGGUGGCAUGGAGUCGCAGCAACAGCAACAGGCGCCAGCGCCCGCGUCGAGGAAUCGUCUAAAAGGAAGAUUGCAGGCCAAGGGUUUGUCCAGUCUGCCUGUCGUGUCUGGGUUAAGAGGAACACGUGGCGUGGGUCCUCAAGGUAACAUCGGUGACCUGAAUAGAAGGAUCACUGACCUAAAAAUGGAGAGCGGAGGUUCUGCUCGCCAGACGAGCCUGUCAGACCUUCAGCUUAGGCUACAACCUUUGAAUGAGCCGAGAAGGGAUAGCAACACCACCGUCAGCACAUACUAUGGUAGCAUGAAAUCCACGGACUUUGGUAGCCGAAGAAGUAGUCAGGCCAGUGGCGUUAGCGCCGUUAGAAUGACCCACGUCGGCCCAGGGAGUUUCUACGAUCCUAUCAGUCCAGGCACGUCGAGGAGAAGCAGCCAGUUAAGCACCGCUUCUGGUAGAAUGAACGCACCCAGUCACCUCCAAGGACCGUACUCGACGAGCAAUCUUGUUGUUCAGACGCAGAACAUGUCUCUGCAGGGCCUUCACGGAGUAACCGGCGAGUGGACCGGUCCUACCAGCCACUGUACGCAACCUUCUGGUGACCGUCGUAUGUCCGAGCCAGCUAGGGGACAACAAACUCAAAGAAACUCACCGGUUGUGCCACCCAGACCUAGAUCUGCCCAAUUCCCGGAGCGUCAUCCUAAUCAAGAAGUAAUUUUAGAUGAAGUCGGAGAGGGCGAAAUGGUGGAGAACAAGUUGGUCAUUCCAGAUGAGAUGAUGCAGUAUUUGAACCAGGUUCAGACAGGUGGAAGCCAGAUUAGCUACCGUAGCAGUCCUCUUCCAGUCUGCCAGUCGCCAGUGUGCAGUAAUCCCAUGCACUGUCAACGCCAAGUUCCACCCACCUGCAACUACAAUCAGUCUCACCAGCAGCACUGUUAUGCCCAGCAAUCAUCUGCACAGUCAACUUGCACUAAUUACCAGAACACCUCCCCUUCGCCUUACAAUCAGUGUCCUAGUUCCAGACCUGCGCCAGCUAAUUCGCAAUACUGUCCCGCACCCAGCUACCCGUCACAGCCGAACGGCCAAGUGCUUAGUCCAGCAGUGGGUCAAGUCAUGUCACCUGGAUCUCAUUAUGCUCCCAGCCACAUAAGCGAUCAACCGCUAACGUCGCCAGCAGCCGGUGCUCUGGCACCGCAACACGCUCCGCAGAAUCUUCCUCAGAAUUCUGCACAAUUGACGAGGAACUGCCCGCAAAAUCACGUGCAUCAUGGCUACUAUCCUGGAUACGGUUGCCAGGGUCAGAUGAACGCGAGUUGCCCCGGAAACCCCAACAGCCACAUGAACCAUCACACGAGUCCAUCCUGCGCACCCCCGAAUCAUGGUACUAUGACUCCACAGCAGUGUGCUCAGAUGCGAUCAACCGCGAAUUGCCAGCAGAUAGCAAUGCACUGUAAUCAACAGACUGCCAUGCAUAAUCAAGCCGGUGUGAACCAUUCAAACUCGCAAUGCGGACAGAACAGUCAGUGUACCAGACCAGUGUUAACACCGAAUGGUCAAGUGUCCAAUCUGCAUUCCGCCCAGCAGACCACGGUACCAAAUCAGUGUCCUCAAAUGGCGAGUCCCUGCUCCCAGCUGAGCGUGAACAAUCAAACCAAACAGGUGGCGAACAUGACCGGCCUUCAAGGAUGCCAACAGCCAGCACCGCCACAGCCAGUGUCUCCUUGCAUGCAAAUGACCAAUUGCUCGCAUUCUAACGGCUCCCACCGAUCAGCCGUGGACAACGCUAUACUGAAGAGAAUGUCUCCGCAGCUGUGCACCGCUCAGCCGAACAACUGCAGAAUACAACAGCAAACUUGCAAUUGCCAGGCCCGCACCAACACGCCGACUCACCAACAGUAUACCUGCAGCUGCCAGUGGAACUACGGCGGUGAUCAUUGCUACCAUGAUCAUCCUGGUGCCACCAUCCCCGAAAUUCAAUGCAGGGACAUCAGCCAAUCGCAACAGGGAACCCCCAUAAAGCCUCCUUUGGGGAUGAGGCAAGAUUCUUACAGAAGGACACUGGAGUACGUGCAACAGUGUAGAAACUGGUCAGAAAGCGCGAGCACUCACGAAACCAAUGUCUCCAGCUCAACUCAUCCGAUGUCGUUGCCACAACCACUGCCGACUAGUGCUAACAUGGUCGUCAACGACAUGUCCUCCUCCCUGAGCUCGUUGCUCGAGGAGAACAGAUACUUGCAGAUGAUACAAUAAAUGGUAAAAGCCUACAUAUUUUUAUACUAUUAUUCUUCUGGUCGGCUAAGCGAACUUGGGAGGGUAUGGUGCCUUGUAAGCUUACAAAAUUUUCUAAAAUACUGUGGUAGUAGAGUUUUCUGAAAAUCAAAGAAUUUUGUCAGCUCGAAGCUUGUACAUUGAAAAUAACUGCACGUCGUAUGCUAACAAAUGUUAACUCGGAGCUUUUUACACCUUAUUCUUGAUAAAACUACUUACAAUGUAGCGUGAUACCUCUUUGAAGACGGAAGUUUUGUUCCUGAGAAAGACAUACGCUACAGCGAAUCCAAGUUGACGAUGUUCCGCCGGACAUGAAGUUAGACAAUGUUGCACAGCUCUAUUACUUUGUAAUCAUAAAUUGUAAAGAAAUCAUGAGACCAGCGCGAAGAUGUUGCUUAACAUUUUCUAUUAAAAUCUUGGCACUUUGUCGAUUAUUCGUAGGUGAAGAAAAAAAUUUAAAAUUCACCAAUUGUAGAUAAUAUUAAUUAUGAUUCAGGCUCUCUCUCUCUCUCUCUCUCUCUCUCUCUCUCUCAAGGUUGCAUACCCUACUAAACAGAAUUUACCGGAAAGAAAUAUCGAGCUAUCUACACUUUUGUAUUUUUGAUAAAUAUUGUAUUUUCUAUGGUAAUGUUAAGGGCCCAAUGUAACUGUAACCGUCACUUAAAUUAACUUAGCGGAAUUGUAGAUUUUGACCUCACAUGGAUGACAUGCUCGGUGAUUAAUCAUAGUCGAAGUGAUACCGUGUUGCUGCGAGACAACUCGAACGUGUUAUCGAUGUUAACGCUGUGUUGUUUAGAAAGUUUAAUAUUUGUACAAAAAUUGAAGGAGCAUCGAGGUGCCUUACGAAUACGCGCAAUUUACUGUUUUUUCCUUUCGGUGGAAUGUAUUUAAUUGGAAUGGGGAUGAUGUUUAAUCGAAAUUUCUUCGAGACGCUAAAAUUCGCAUGUUAAAUUUCAAGAUCUUUAUCGUCGCAGCGGACAGACAACAUCUUUGUAUUGAAGAUUCCGAAAUAUUUUUGUAAGCCGAUUUACUUGUAGAUAGAUCUUUGUACCGUAUUUUUGUACAACCAGUCCUUCUCAUGCGUGCCAACGUAGUUAAGAGUACUUCUCGUGUCAUCAUAAAUUUGCCACUUCUGUUAGCAUAGAGCAACGAAUGGCGUGCUGGCGUGUGCAUUGUGAUACGGAGGAGCGAAACCAUGUUUCUUUAACGAUAAGAAGUCACAACGAAUGAGAUUAAUCGAUCAAAAACAUGUAGAUGGCCAAUACUAGCAUACAAAAUCUGUAGAUAAAUCUUAUUUUAAUAGAUCGUUAGCACUUACGAACAGCGUGCAUGAUAAUGGUAGACAAUCACUUUGCGGGGUGCGUACGUUUGCUGCGCGUGACUGUAUGUGUGUGCGUGCGUGUGUGUGUGCGUGUGUUUGUAGAUCGAGCGUCUUUCAUCCAUUGUAAAGAAACGCAAUGAUACUUGCGAGCAACGUUAGUUGACACGCUAGGUGCAGCUAAUCGAAAGAAUCUCUCUACUCCUUUUUUUUCUUUUUUUUCCAAAAUUUGCGCCUUCGGCGAUUUUUUUCGAAUGAUGAGGAAUGCGUAUGUUGAAGACUUAGCGUACCUAAAAGCUGUUUUUGUUACAUACACGAUUUUGUACGAAUUUUAUUAAUCUACGAUAGCGACGUCUUGUGAAUAGUAUACAUAUCUAUCGUAUACAUAUAAUUAUAAAAACUCAUCGGAAGUUCGAUUCUGCGGGCGGGAGGUGCAUGACGAGAAAGUUUUACAUCCUAAAGAUUGUUAAUUAUUUUAAAAUAAAUCAUAUCGACCCCAUCAACAAGAAA